AAAGAUGCUCUUUGUAGUGUUUGACUAUGUUUUCCUCUCUGUUUAGAGAGAUGGUAAUGAAUUUGGUGUUAAAAAAAAACAUUCAGGAUCCUUUCAAGUUCCAACGUGAAACAUUGUUUCUGAUACUUAAUUUGAGAUAAUGACAUUUUGGUCGUAAAUCAUAGAAUAUUUAGAUAAUGAUCAAUUGGCCAGCUUUGGAUCUGAUUGAUUAAAGAUAAGAAUGGAUACUAUAGAUCAAAUUAUGAUACUAUAUUAAGUUAAAUGACUUUUAACCUAAAAAUUAAUUGAUGAUAAAUAUAUUGACUCAUAUCUCUUGUAUCUUAUAUAAUAGUUAAGAAGACAAAUGUCAUAUAUUAAUUAAUGCAAAUAAUAUAAGAUUAGUUUUGCUGGUCGAUUGUACUAGUUGCAGUCUAUUGUUUAGAUAUCGUUCUUGCUCUUUAGCGGGCUGGAUUAAUCAGUUUGGUGAAUAACAUACUGCAUCAUAAUUUUUACAUAGACUAAGUAUCGUCGUAUCGCUAGUUGCUUUUGUUGAAAACAAUAUUGCUCUUCGAUGUGUCGGUCGUUUCCUCUUCCAUUCCUUUAAUGUAGACGUGUAUGUAGUAUAUACAAAUAUAAAGCCAAAACCAUGCAAUAUCCAAAACGAUUCUUUUUUUUUUUGUGCAACAGAGCCAUAACGAUUCUAUACAUCUUGUUUUCUGUCAAUAGUUAACCUUUUAACUUUUUAUAUAUUUAGUUAGAUUUAGACAUCUGUAGUAAGAUUAAGGCCAUCUGAUAUCGCAAAUAGAAAAUUAUUAGUUGAUGAAAACAAUAUGUCGUCGGAUUCGAUCAAUUAGUCGGCGCUGUAUUGGUUACUUUCAGAAAAAUCUUAGAACACUGACAAAUGACAAUGUUCGUAUCUAAACUAGUUUCUCAGACAUUAAAAGAUAGAAAAAAAAUAAAUAGAAACGAAAAAGUAAGAAAUAGGUAGAAAAUCAGGUCUGUAAUAAUAGAUUAUGAAAAUUUGGAAAGUAAGAAAUAUUGGUUUGAUACUUUGAUUUAGUUUUUAUUUUAGAAUUAAUUAGAUAAUUAUAUUGUAAGGAAUAUUAGUAUUACAGAUGAUUGGUCAACUCAUGUCAUUAGUCGGAAGAUAUUUCAAACUCGGGUCAAACACUGUGGUACGUUUUCAGACUAGUCCACUCUGUAACAUUAAGUGCGUUCUUUCGGAGCCGACCAGUUCAGCCGAUAGGACUUAUAAGAAAACAGAAUAUUAGUAUUAAUUUGAUGAAACCUUUAUAAUUUCAUAUAUAGUCUCUUGACUGGUGAGGAUGCUCUAAAUAUAUAUAUACACAAAAAUAUUAAAUAUGAUGCAUAUGAUGCAAAUUUCUUAUUUUUAAAGAAAAUUUUUGUAACCACAUAUAUUCAAAAUAUUAAAUGUGAGGUAAAUGUUAUAUUUUAAAAGGAAAUGUGAGGCAAGCUAAGUUCAAAACACAAUGUUAGUAACCACAUAUAUUCAAAACUAUUAAAUAUGAUCAAAUGUGUUAUUUUAAAAGGAAGAUCUUAGUAACCUAGUUUCAAAAAAGAAAUAUUUUAGACCAUAAUUAACUCCAGUCUCUUAACUGAGGUUUUUAGCUUCGGAUAAGAGACGGUUCUUAGUUUUUAUUAUAUUUUGACUAAGAAAAACUAAGAACCGUCUCUUAAAUAAGAGAUAUAAGAGCCAUCUCUUAACUGAAAAGUGUUAAAAAAUGUCAAUUUCACCACAGUUGCCCAUCGUCCCACAGUUGUUAUAUUGAAAGCGUUCUGCUAGAAAAUACGGUGGCCACCAAAGAUAAAAUAUUUUCUAUGACAAUUGGUAACAUGAUGUAUAACAGUCAAGAAGAAUCUGCAAGCGAGAGGGAUACAUGGGAAUAUACGUUGUGCAAGGCGCGGAGCCGAUGAGGAAUUGAUAAACCAUGUGUUUUUUUAGUGUCCUCCAGCACUUCAGGUUUGGGCUCUCUCAAAGAUACCAUCAAAUCCAACUAUUUUUCCAACAAGCUCGCUAUUCACAAACAUGGAUCAUCUCUUUUGGAGAGUUUUCCCGCAGAUGGAUGAUCAUCAGUUUGCAUGGAUACUAUGGUAUAUUUGAAAAGGAAUGAAUAAUAAAGCUUUUAGUAAUCUGGACAUUGAUCCUAUGGACACGCUUAAUUUGGCAAAAACAAAAUCAACACUUUGGUCUGAGACACAUAUAUUGAACGAACUGAGGAAUGUAUAACACAUAGAGGUUACGACUCUACCGUCAAUUCCAGGAAGAUGGUGUUUCUCAGAUGGUUCCUAGAAAGAGAAUAAUAUUUUCUCCGGACAGGGUUGGCUCAGUACUCUAGAAGGAUUUGAUGGGUUGUUAGGGGUGAGGAAUGUUCGGGGUAGUCUUUCACUUCUUCAUGCGGAGAUGAAAGCACUACUAUGGACAAUGGAAUGUAUGAGAAAUUUACGUUAAUUUCAGGUGACGUUCGUCAAUUUCAGGUGACGUUUGCAAAAGAUUGAUUCCAAUUGGUGAAGAUGGUUACAGAACCAGAAGAAUGACCAGUUUUUGCAAAUUAUUUGGAAGAUAUUAAGGUCCUGAAAGAAAGUUUCCUUCAAUUAGAGAUUAUCUAUGUACCAAGGACGCGAAAUACAAAGGUGGAUAGCCUAGCACGCAGUGUCAGGAAACAACCGGUUUUUGUCGUUCAUAUGGAUCAAGAUCUACCGGUUUGGUUCAGAGAGUCAGUAUGAAUAUGUAAAAAUUGAUGGAAAAAAAAUGUCAAAUCAUGAAUAUAGAAUCCCGGCUAAGAGACCGGAGUUAAUCAUACCCUACCACAUAUAUUCAAUACUAUCUGAUUAGACCUAGUGCAGUCAACACAGCUGGUCCGUUUUUUUCGUAUUUCGCAGGCUUACUUCUUUCUUUACCUACCGGUAGACGUAGUUAUCUAUGCUUUUAUAUAUUUUUUCUCCAUUUAGUUGCCUUUUUCUCUUUCAUUUUUUUUUUGCCUAGUGUUCUCUUCAAAAGUGUAAAUACCAUUAGGGGUCAGGGUGACCCUUCCUAAAGUAUAGGGGAAUAUUCUAACCACAUCAUAGUUGCAAGUUACAAGGCUCGGCUUUUUUUUAUAGAACCACACCUGACAUUUCCAUCUCGUGAAGUCAUUCCUUUUUUUUUGUAUGUUUCUCUGACUUACACAAAUGGGAACUAAACUUUAAACUACAACUUUACAUCUUAAACAAUAACUACAUUUUGACAGAAAGCCAUAACUAUAUUUAUUUCGUCAAAGUUUCGUUAUCUCUUAUGUCUUAAAAGUUUAAAGCGAAUUUGUCUUACUCAUGCUGGCGUGGAAGAACAAUGUUAAAACCUAUUAGAGAUUGCGAACUUUAAUAAAUCUCAUUUAAAUAGUAAAUUUGUUUUGGGUACAAUAUAAAAUGCCAAAAAGCAUCAGAACCGGUUUUUAUGACCGAAAAGUUAAGUGAUAUUGGAUUCAGACUAUAAUUCCAUUCUAAAUGCCUUUGUUGUGAGAAACCAGGUCGAAAACUCGAACAUUCAAAAAUCUGUAGAAACACGGGUUUCAUAUUAAAUAUUUGAAGGAACAGAAAAAAAUAUAAUGGUGAUGACUAAUAUAAAUCUCAAAUCAAUAGCGGAAUAACAUAAAGUAUAAUAAAAGCAGAUAAAAUAUUUGGAAUGAAAAAAAAUAUGUUAAACAACAAUCACAAAGUGAUAGAAUAUUUUGGGCAGGUUAAUAAAUAUUUUAAUUAGUUUUUAACUUACAUGUCAUAUAGUAUAUAGCAAACUUGACGGUAAAUAACAAUCAAAAAGUGAUAGAUAACAUUUCUGUAGAUUAAUAGCAUGAUAUAUAGAAUUGACAUAAAAACAAAUUCAUCGUUUCAUAAAAUGAACCCUCGUAUUAUUUAGUCGAAAACUGAAUCGAUAUUAUGGGAUGGGUUUUAUCUUUAAGCGUGUGUGUGAACACGUCUAAUAGCUUUUGAGACCAGGUAGGUCCAAGUUCUUUUGGAAUUUUGGGAACUCUUUAGACAAGCAAUGUCUUUAUGUGUGCUUUCGGUGUGUCUCGUUGUUUUUCUUCUGGAUUUUAAAAUGGCAUUAUAAAAUAAUACAUAUAUAACUAAUCCCUUAAUUAAUCCACAUAUAUUAAUUAAUUAAUUAAUAUGCCCCCAUAGUUCAAACAUUGUGCUAUAUAUAUCAAAUGCUUCACAACCAUUCAACACUCUACCACCUUUGUCUUCUCUUAAUCAUUCUCCUAGUUUGAUUACUCACUAAUCACUUUUGGUUUCUUAUAUAGCUACUCUCUGAUUUAAAGUAAGAGCACCUUUUUUCCAGCCAGUGUCUUUGACCCGUCGCAAUUACCUCUGCCCUCAACUUCAAAAUAUAGGCUAUUACUCUUCGUUAUUCCCAUAUUUCUUUUCUUAAUUUUGUGUCUAUUGUUUUUCUUAAUAGUAAAAAGAGGAACUUGGGGUCAUUGCGCUGAUUUAUUUUCUAAUUGUCAUACGAUUUUUUCGGACAAUGAUCUUGUCACAAAAAGAAUGCAAUCAACGUGAGCUGCAAGCUUUUCUUAAGAACAAAUCAAGUGUCGAAAAAAGUUUUUAUUUCUGGAUUUUCAAAAUAUUUAGUAGAUUUGAUCGCUAAAUCUCUCUUGUGUCACAAGCAACAAGUGUUAAACAUGCAAAUGGGAAGUUCAUGUCUACCUCCAGGAUUUAGAUUUCAUCCAACUGAUGAAGAGCUCAUAGGCUAUUACUUGAGUAGAAAAGUCGAAGGUCUCGAGAUUGAGCUUGAAGUCAUUCCUGUUAUCGAUUUAUAUAAAUUCGAUCCUUGGGAGUUACCAGGUAAUCUAAAGAAAAACUUGUUUGAAUUAAUAUCAUUCAUAAAUUUAUAUCUAAUUUUAUCUUCUUUAAUUGCUAUCUUUGUUGUUUUAGAUAAAUCGUUCCUACCCAAUAGAGAUAUGGAAUGGUUCUUUUUCUGUCCAAGGGACAAAAAAUAUCCUAAUGGUUCUCGAACCAAUAGGGCUACAAAAGCCGGUUAUUGGAAAGCAACCGGUAAAGAUCGAAAAAUCUCUUGUAAAUCAUCUGGUGCUAUAAUCGGAUAUCGGAAGACAUUAGUUUUCUAUGAAGGUCGUGCCCCAUUGGGUGAUAGAACUAUCUGGUUUAUGCAUGAAUAUCGCCUUUGCGAUGACGAUCUUUCUCAAAAAUCACCAAAUUUCAAGGGAGCUUUUGUGUUAUGUCGUGUAGUCAAGAAGAACGGACUUAAGACCAAAACUUUGAAAAAUAAAAACGAACAAGCUAUUGGUUCAGGUUGCUCUAGCCUUGCGACCUCUCCAUGUCGAGAUCAAACGACGCAGUUUCAAUCUUUCAAGCCUUCUUUAACUACAAACGAAUCUUCUAGCAUUUGGAUUUCUCCUGAUUUCAUCCUUGAUUCCUCAAAAGAUUAUCCUCAAAUUCAAGAGGGUGUUUCUGAAUACCUUCCCAACUACCAUUUUCCAGUCAAUGGGGCGAACCACCAAAUGGAAAUUGCAGAGACUUCAUAUUUGAACAUUGAUCAAUCAAAACAAACCGGUUACUGGCCAAAUUUUGAAUACGACCAAACCGGUUCAUUCGAUUACUCAAACCUUUUCUAGGUAGAAGGAAAUGUGUGGGUUUCUUCAGGACAAAAACGCCUUUUAAUGUUGGAGUCCUCGAAGAAGAUAAAAUUGGUUUGCAUAAAUUUGGAGUCUCUUGCAUUUUAUUUUAGAAUAUAUAUAUUGGUUUUGCCUUUUUGGUUUUGAUUUUACUAAUUAAUAUAUUGUUUGCUGUGGAAUGACUAUUUUAUAUUCCUAAUUUGUUAUAUGAUAGUCUUAUUUUACGUUC